GUAGCUUCUGAAAUGUGGAAUGAGCAACUAAAUAUGGACAACAAAGCUGCCCUUUUGGCUUGGGUGAAAGACACUGGAGUCCAGUUGGUGCAGAUCAAUGGCCAGAGAAAAUACGGUGGCCCUCCACCAGGUUGGUUUGGUGGUCCCACGCCAUCUGGUACAGAGGUUUUCAUAGGGAAGAUCCCACAAGAUAUAUAUGAGGAUAAACUAAUUCCUCUUUUCCAGAGUGUGGGAAAGCUCUAUGAAUUUCGCCUCAUGAUGACAUUCAGUGGGCUUAACCGUGGCUUUGCCUAUGCCAUGUAUAUGGACCAGUGCGGUGCUCAGAAGGCUAUCCGGUUGCUCAAUAGAUACGAAAUCCAGAAGGGCCACCAGAUACUUGUUUCCAGAAGCACUAACAAGUGUGAGCUCUGCAUUGAUGGCUUGGCCCCGUUGGUGAAAGAGGACCAUCUUCUGCCGAUGCUACAGGAGCUUACCACAGGAGUCCUGAGCAUCACCAUACACCCAAGCCCUUUCAGGAAGCAACGGCAGCUUGCAGUGGUGAAAUACACUUCCCAUCAGGCUGCUGCAAUAGCCAAGAAAGCUCUUGUAGAAGGUACUUUGUGUCUGUGCGGAGAUCAAAUUGCAGUCGACUGGUUGACAUCUCAUAUAAAACGCGAACUGCAUAUUUCCUCUGGGCAGGCCAUCCCGGAGAUCAUGCCAACUCACUAUACUUGCAGAGAUGCCCUUAGCCAGGAACCUCUUGAGCCUGUGAACUGCCAUGAGCUACCCACAUUGGGCAGUAUGGUGGAUUACCUGAACUCACUAUGUGAGAAAAAGCAGUUGGGGUACCCAGAGUUCUUCACAAAAUGUGUGCAGAGGAACCCUGAGGGCUGGCUCCAGGUCUGGUACCAUGUAGUCAUACGCAGGUGCCUGUCUCCCUUCAAUGGCUUUGUCUGGAUCAAGCCAGAUGACUCUGGUCUGGAAAAUGACGAAAAGGUCAAGAAUGUUGUGGCCUUACAGAUACUCAGUGCCCUGGGUAAGUGUCUUAUUCACACCUUCGGUGCCCAGUGGUAUAAUUGGCGUGUAGCAGAAGAAUGA